GAAUUUGUUAUAUCUAAUACAUAUCCAUGGUCCAGAUGUAUGUUCAAUUAAAAUAUGCUACAUAGAAAAUCUAGGGAUUUUUGGUUAGUAAAGAAACAAACCUGUAUUUCAAAUUGUUUGAUCAAUGGAUUAUACGUACAAUUAACAUCUUCUCGUGGAAUAUUAAAAAUUUAGUGAACAUCGUAUUAAAACAUUCAUUUUUAUUCACAUCACUUUGUACUAAAUUAAAAUGGCUACCAUACAAGAAGAAGUAAAAAAUUUUAUUCGACGAGCUGUUAUUACAGCAGACCCGCAGAAAGCUGUUACGGAAUACUUCCUCUCGAAGCAAAAAGAUCGUGAUGUUAAGUAAUGUAACAAAGAAACUAUUUCAUAUAAUCAAUUUGCGAUACAUUACAAGUAUAUUCUUUGCAUUCUUUUAUUUUCAGUUCGAUAACAAUUAGGAAACUGAUGUAAAAUUUUAUGAAAAAGAAAGUAUCCUGAAUGGGAUAAGCCAAGAGUUUACCCGGCAUUAGAAGUAGUUAGAGCGCGUUGUGAGUUAGCAAAAACCGAAGAGAGAUUACAUGCAAAAUGGGUCGAACAAGAGAAAAAGCGGAAAUUCAUGGACGAGCAAUGGGACGAGAUGAGACGUCAGGAAUUGUUCCUCCGAGAAUCAUUUAUAAAAUUCAACAGAUUCGUGAGAGAAAAUCAAGAAAAACGUGAUCGCGCGGAUAGCAAAAUUAAAGAAGAACGUGAUCGUCAAGCAAGUAGGAUGGAAGAAAUAAAAGAACUCGAAGAAAAAUUAAGUUACAUGAAUGAUGUUCGAGAUAGAAUGAAGAAAUAUGUACAAGAAUAUAAAAAAUAUCAUGAUUAUUUAGACAGGGUCAUUGUCGAAACAGGCGAAUUUCAUUCAAUUUCUGAGAUUUUUAAUCGUUACGAAACUUUAAUCGAAGCACGAACGAUUUUGUCCGAGCAUCAGGAUAAAAAUCUCGAGAUAUUAGAAGAAAGGGGAACAGAAAUGCAUCAUAUGACGGAGUCAAAGUCACAAAAAAUUAUGGGGUUGAAUAGUAAAUUAGCGCAACUACAAGCAAGACGCGAUUGGGCAGAAGUACAAGCUCGUAAAUGGGAAACAAUCGUGGCUGAAAUAAAAGUAACUGCAGCGGAGAAAAAUUUGGAGCACAUGCAAGUAAAAACGUGUUGCUGGAAUCUAUAUCAACAGAUCUGCAAGAGAAAGGAUAUUCCCGUGACUGUAAGCAAAGAUGACGUCGAGCAACAGUUAGAUCAUAUUAAACGAACCAUUCUUGAAUUAAAACGAAUCAUAAGAGUUGCAAAAAAACGCGCAGCGAAAUAAGAGAAUCGUUUUACUUGAAAUUACUUGUCCAGCUACUGUAAAUAAAUAUUCUA